AUGAAGUUCCAUAUCGCUCUUAUAUCUCUUGCAGUUGCCGUGUGUGCUAAAGAUGCUUCCUCUACAUGGACAACGCUGACACCAAGUGCAUCGCCAAUUGGUACCACUAACUAUGCAGGACCUUUUGGUAUUGCUGUGGAGCCUGUUGAGUCUCAAAGCUCAACUUCCGACUCAACAACUACAUUGGCUAAGAGAGACAUUAGUGACGGACAAGUCCAAGCAACGACAACAUCCAGUUCAACCACUAAGGAAUCUAAGACUUCAACCGACUCCUCUGAGGAAUCUAAGACUUCAUCCGACGCUGCUGAGGAAAGUUCGGAACUUGACAUCACUGCAGUCUCUUGUAAGACCGAUGGUACUUUGCAAAUGAGCUUGGAGGACUCCAUCUUGUACGACUCUCACGGACGUGUUGGUUCCAUUGUUGCUAACAGACAAUUCCAAUUCGAUGGUCCACCACCACAAGCCGGUGCCAUCUACGCUGCUGGUUGGAGUAUUACUGACGAUGGUUACCUAGCACUCGGUGACAGUGAUAUCUUUUACCAAUGUCUUAGUGGAACCUUCUACAAUUUGUACGAUGAGUCCAUUGGUGGACAGUGUACGCAAAUCAGAUUAGAAAUUGUCAGGCUCAUUGACUGUUGAGCUACAUAGUAAUGUCAUAAUAGGAAGAUGUAAAAUGUUCUUUGUUUGAAACUGAAGUAGGGCAAUAAAAUGAACCUUAGUUGACACAUUCAACAGCUUGUGGAGGGACUGGUUGACAGAUUUCCCUUACAACUAGCUACGUGUUAGACACAUUUACUGUUGAACUACGCCAUGAUGUCAUAAUAGAAAGGUGUAAAAUGCUAUUCGUUUCAAACUAAACUAGAUAAACAAGAGAAAUAAAAUGAAUCUUAGU